GAACGGCUGCUCUUUCCUCUGUUUGGGGAGGCGUACCUAUGUGGGAGAUCCUCGUGGAGAAGGAGUGUUUUCUGUGUGGUCUUGGACUUUUCCUGCCAACUUGAUAUUAAACCUUUUAAAGGGGCUUCUUUAAGGGUAAGGAUUUCUGAUCUGAAGCAGACUGUGACGAGCUGUUCUCUCUCUGAAUCCAUCAUGGAACGGGAUAUCUAUAGUGAUGGAUCUGACCAUAUGGAACGCAUGCUGCUCUUUGCUUUCCUGGCGGAGUCCUCUGGCUGUGAGUUCAGAGAGCAGCUGCCAUUCCUACAAAGCCGGGGCCUCUUGUGUGCCGUUAAAGGUGUUCAAUCUUAUGAUAGUGAUGGGGAACUUCAGACCGAUGGGAAUCGAAGCGGCCACUUGCAGAAUGGUGAGCUAGUGCUUGACCCUGAGGUAAAUGAAGAAAUUGUCCGGACCAUUGCUGCUCAGCUCGCUGAGAUCGGAGACCAGCUGGAUAAACAAAUCAAAGCAAAAGUAGUAAAUGAUCUAGUGCAACAUUUUCUGAAUGAGAAUUUGCCUAGAGAGGAGAUAACACGGUGCCUGUCACAGGCAGUGGAAGGACUUGCCAGAGCCGUCCCAUCAGAUCUGGAGCAAGAGAAGGCCAUGUUGGUGCUAGCAAUGCUCUUAACUAAGAAAGUGGCGAAUCAAGUGCCUUCCCUUCUACAGCGUGUCUUCAGCACCACUGUGAACUACAUCAGCCAACAUCUCCACAACUACAUUGUCAGAAUGCUGCGCGAGUGAGUGAUCUCCAGCCAUUGGCUUCCUGAAGACUUUUGAACUUCUUGAUCUGCUCAGAUACUUUUUUCUGCUCAUAACUUCUGAGACUCAGCUGUGAAAGGGAAGGCAGAGCUUGUAGAUGGGCUUUUGUAGACUAGCACAGUAGCGAUGGUAGUAAGAGCUGCAUGACUGGUCUGCCAGCACCUGUAAGAUAUAGUGCUUACUCUUCUCCAUUUUACAAAAUAGGUGUUUGUUUUUUUUUUGUUUGUUUUUCCUCUCUCCUUAUCAGUAGCAGAUGUGAUGCAGGUACAGCCCCUGGGGAAGUGCACUGGGUGCUGAGCCCACCUUGUCAGUAUUUCUAACGAACUGCUGCAUCCUACAGGUUUCUGUUCUGCAACUGAGCAAGGUACAGGGGUGGAUUUUGGGGAGGAAUAGUAUCCAGAUAUGCUUGAGAGAAGGUGGUCAUUGGCUUCAGAGCAGCUUGCUGGAGAGAAAAAAAGAUACCAGCCUAGAAUGAGGAGAAGUACCUGGUGCCUCUGGUCAGUAGCACAUUGUAUUCACAUCUCAGGUUCAGUGAACAGACUUGGACUCAGGUUGUUUGAUGUAUGUGUCAUCACAUACGUGGUGGCUGAGGCUCUACUUGUGAUCCAGCUGCCUCUGAAGAAAUCAUGUAAAUAAUGUCCUUUAAUGUCCUUUUAUUGGUGUUUUUUGUUUUUUAAAUAAAAAUGGACAUGACAUACA